CGCUUAAAGUGCGUUGCAACGGUUCACACGUAGUGUCGGACAUUUAUUUGUAGAAUGGUUUAUACGUUUAUGUGAUCAGUGACCCGUUUGAACUGCAUCAUUAGUUAAGACAAACUACGUGAUCUGAUCGAUAAAUUUUUGUUCGUCUGAAUUUUGUUUGAAUUGAUUGCAAAAAACGAUCGUUCAUUUUCAAAGUUUUUAAUUUAUCAACGAUGACUUGGGAUUCGUAAAGUGAUACGCAUUGCCCGGUUAAUGGAAACGAGGUUAAAGUGUAUAUUCUUGUUCCCUUGAUGAUUACAACGAAUUAUUAUAUUGUUACUGCGUGAAAAGUUACUUUAUCGUUCUAUUUAUGAUACAAUUAUAAAAAAUGAUUAAUUAUAUAUGUUUCGUGAUAUUAUAAACUGUGAAGGGAAUGUUCGUACAAUGAUUAUGAUUGCACAGCUGUUAAAUACGGUAGACAUAGCAUGGGAUUAGUAAUACCGGGAAAAGAUAUUAUGAGUCAAGCAGCGCGCCCUACGAUCACGUGACUGACUGUUCACGUGAUCUCAACAAGAAGCGUGACGAUUGGUUGAGCAGUAGGCGAACGAUCACAUAUAGAGUGGCGCGAGACAAAAGUCGUGGUGCAAAGCGUCAGGGAGUUUCAGUGAGCUGGUUCUGUGAGUGACCUUGAUCCUCUCGCGAGUUCUGUGACAGUCCCGUUCGCAAGAAGCCGAACCCGUCAGUACUAAUCGAAUCAUCGUCGUAGAAAGUUACCGGAGCGACUUUCUGGUGCAAAGAAAAAUGAAGACCCUUGGCGUUCUAUUCAUUGCAGCGUGGUUCAUCGCAUGCACGCACAGUUUCCCUGGUGCACACGAUGAAGAUAGCAAGGAGGAAAGGAAGAAUGUGGACACCGUUCUCAUUCUACCAUCCGAAAGAGAUCAAAUGAUGGCUGCAACUUUCGAUUUCCCGAGUUUGAGCUUCGAGGACAGCGACGAGAGCUCGAACUGGAACUGGAAUACGUUGCUCAGACCUAACUUUUUGGAUGGAUGGUACCAGACGUUACAAAGUGCAAUUUCAGCUCACAUGAAGAAAGUGAGGGAGCAAAUGGCUGGCAUUUUGUCACGUAUUCCCGAGCAAGGUGUUGUGAAUUGGAACAAGAUUCCUGAAGGAGCGAACACUACCUCUACCACCAAGAUCAUCGAUGGACACGUGGUAACCAUUAAUGAAACGACUUAUACCGAUGGUAGCGACGACUACAGUACACUGAUCCGCGUCCGUGUAAUCGACGUGAGACCCCAGAAUGAAACGAUCUUGACAACGGUAAGCAGCGAAGCGGACAGCGAUGUAACCACUUUGCCUACAUUUAUCGGAACGAAUGACACCAGCACCCCAUCUUCAAGGAGUGUAGAAAGCGUCGAAGAUUUCGACAACGAGAUACCGAAGAACCAAGGAGAUGUAUUAACUGCUUGAAGCAGUCAAGAAAUAAUUUAAAAGGCAAUGUCAGAUUAAUUGAAUCCGAAAGAUCCAUUUUCCUUAAUUUUCUAUGAAAAUUUAAUGAUUUUUUUUGUAUAUUAUAUCGUAUAUCUAUGUAAAAAAUUUUGAAGUUAUUACACUAUAUAUUUAUAAAAAUAUUUCUAUAAUCCUUUUUCGAAUAAAAUUUAAUCUCAAAAUUUGUAAAAAUAAAUUUAAUCUUCCUUAAACCUAUGAGCUAUAUACUAUUCUGAUUGUAUCGUAAUAUAAUAUAAAUAGAUAUAAUAUAAAUAUAUACUAUAGUUGAAUGGAAUCAAAUGGAAGUGAUAUAGUAAAUGAAUGGAGAGAGAGAAAGAGAGGGAGAGAGAGAGGGAGAGAAAGUAAAAAACAAGAUUUCCGUCCGUGAAGCUCUUUCGGAUUCAAACUGACAUUCGUGUACGAAAAUUGUAAACUAUCGCGAGAUAAAAAAAUAUUGAUUAUCGUAGAGAGUUAAUAGAGAUAUAAUAUACAUAUAUUUUAUGUUCUUUUAUAGUUUUAUCUGUUAUACAUUUAUAAUGAUUCGCCUAUAAUGAAACCGAUUCCGUGUACCUCAAAGAUUAAUAGGUGACAGAUUCGCAUACGAUUAUUUUAUAAAAUUAUCAUAUUAUCUAGUAACAAGAUUGUAUUACAAAUUAUAUUUUAUCUGUAAUUAUUCAAUGGUAAAAAAUUUUCAAAAGGGAGUGAGAAUAUCUUUUUUUAAAUUUUUGUUUAAAUAAAAAAAAUAUAGUCUGAAAAA